AUUCGAUUCUCCCAAUAUAAACCAUCACACACAUUCUAUUUUAAUACAAAUUCGAUACUCCAAUCAGAAAAUGGUCGAAGAUUUGGAGCCAAUUCCCAAAGUCUUGGAUAAACCAGUUUCCCAAUCCUCAUUGUCGGUAAUUUACAAUGGCAACUUGGAAGUAAAGAACGGUGUGGAACUGACACCGACACAGGUGAAAGACAAGCCAAAGGUGACGUGGAACGCGGACCCGAAUAAAUAUUAUCUGUUUGCCAACGUUGAUCCUGACGCUCCGUCGAGAGAGGAUCCCAAGUUGGGACCCGUGAACCACUGGCUAGUCGGCAACAUUCCCGGCAACGACAUUGAUUCACCGUCGGCGGAAGUGAUUACGGAGUACCGCGGUGCUGGUGCCCCCAAAGGAACUGGACUUCACAGAUAUAUAUUUUUGGUGUUCGAGCAGAAGGGAAAGCUGACCUUCGACGAGCCCAGAACCAAGGCAUUGUCUCGAGAAAACAGACUGAAUUUCUCCCUCACCGACUUCGCCAAGAAGUACGAUCUCGGAAAUCCGUUGGCCGCCACCUAUUAUCAGGCGCAGUGGGACCCGUACGUGGACGAAAGGAACCGCCAAACUCAAUGAUUUUUUUAUGUAAUUUUAAAAUAAAUUAAUUUUACUGUU